AUUUUUGAUUUCUUAUCUACCAACGUAAGUAGUUUUGAACAUUUUAGUGCAGAAAUGGGUUGCAUAAAACUUGUUUUUCUUAAUGCUAUUUUCCUUACUCUGUCAACUUGCUUUCUGCUCAUCCUUAUCUCAUUUGUGCCUCAAAGAUCAAGCUCUUGCUCUUCUACAAUUCAAGCACAUGUUUACAAUAAAUUAUGAUGCUUCUGAUCAUUGUUUAGACAUAACAGGCCAAUGGAUUCAGUCAUAUCCAAAAACUCUUUCGUGGAGCAAGAGCAUAGAUUGUUGCUCUUGGGAUGGAGUUUAUUGUGAUGAGAUGACAGGAAAAGUGAUUGAGCUUAACCUCACUUGCAGCAAACUUCAAGGCAAGUUUCAUUCCAAUAGUAGCCUCUUUCAACUCUCCAAUCUCAAAUGGCUUGAUUUGUCUGAAAAUGAUUUUUCCGGAUCGCUCAUUUCACCUAAAUUUGGUGAGCUUUCUAGUUUGAAGCAUCUUGAUUUGUCGUAUUCAAGUUUUACAGGCCUAAUCCCAGCAGAAAUCUCUUGUCUUUCUAAAUUACACGUCCUUCGUAUCCAGAGUUAUCCAGAUGGUCUUAGAUUCAAACCUCACAAUUUUGAACUGCUCCUUAAGAACUUGACCCAAUUAAGAGAGCUUUACUUUUACGGUGUGAACAUCUCUUCCACCAUUCCUCUGAAUUUCUCUUCUUAUUUGACAACUCUAGACCUUCGGAACACACAGUUAUACGGGACAUUGCCCGAAGGAAUUUUUCACCUUUCCAACUUAGAAUCUCUAGCUUUAUUAGAUAUUCCCCAGCUCACUGUUAGGUUUCCCACCACCAAAUGGAAUAGCAGUGCAUCACUCCAAAUGUUACGUCUCUAUAAAGUGAAUGCUACUGGUAGGAUACGUGAAUCAUUUGGUCAUCUAACUUCACUGCGUAAUUUGUCAAUAGUUUCUUGUAAUCUCUCAGGCUCUAUUCCUAAACCUCUAUGGAAUCUCACCAACAUAGAGCUUUUGAACCUUGGUGAUAACCAUCUUGAAGGACCAAUUUCUGAUUUCUUUAGAUUUGGAAAUCUCCGGGUGUUAUCACUUAGAAAUAACAACUUUGAUGGCCAACUUGAGUUCUUAUCCUUUAACAGAAUCUGGACUCAACUUGAAUUCUUAUCUUUUUCAUUUAAUUCCCUAACAGGUUCAAUUCCUUCUAAUGUAAGUGGAAUACAAAACGUACAAUCACUCAGGUUGUCAUCAAACCACUUGAAUGGGACUAUACCUUCCUGGAUAUUCUCCCUCCCUUCACUAACUGAUUUAAACUUGAGUGAUAACCAUUUCAGUGGAAACAUUCAGGAGUUUAAGUCCCAAACAUUUUUUUCUGUUUCUCUAAAACAAAAUCAGCUGCAAGGUCCUAUUCCAAAGUCACUCUUAGACCAGCAGAACCUAUUGUAUCUUUUCCUUUCACACAAUAAUCUCAGUGGAGAGAUUGCUCCAACCAUCUGCAAUCUGAAAACACUAGAAGUGCUAGAUUUGGGCAGCAAUAAUUUGGAGGGAACAAUCCCACUAUGUUUGGGUGAGAUGAGUAGACUUCAGGUUUUGGAUUUAAGCAACAAUAGUCUUAGCGGGACAAUUAAUACUACUUUUAGUAUAGGAAACAGACUUGGAGUCAUUAAAUUUGACGGGAAUAAGCUAGAGGGGAAAGUCCCGCAAUCUUUGAUCAAUAUCACGAGUUUGGAAGUUCUUGAUUUAGGUAACAAUGAGUUGAGUGACACAUUUCCUAAAUGGUUGGGAGCCCUACCUGAGUUGCAGAUUUUGAACUUGAGAUCAAAUAAGUUCUUUGGCCCUAUAAAAGUUUCUAGGACUGACAACUUAUUUGCUCAAAUUCGAGUCAUAGAUCUCUCAUCUAACGGAUUUAGUGGACAUUUACCCGUGAGCCUUUUCAAGAAAUUUGAAUCCAUGAAAAUAACUAGUGAAAACAGUGGAACCCGAGAGUAUGUAGGAGAUACAGGUUUCAAUUAUUACACAAUUUCCUUGAUAGUGACAACAAAGGGACUGGAUCUUGAGCUUCCUCGAGUUUUGACUACAGAGAUUAUUAUCAAUCUCUCAAGGAAUAAACUUGAAGGUCAUAUCCCAAGCAUUAUUGGAGAUCUCAUUGGGCUUCGGACUUUGAACUUAUCUCAUAAUCGCUUGGAAGGUGAUAUACCAGCAUCACUGCACCAAUUAUCUGUACUUGAAUCAUUGGAUCUCUCAUCCAACAAAAUCAGCGGAGAAAUUCCACAACAGCUUGUAUCCCUCACAUCACUUGAAGUCUUAAAUCUCUCUCACAAUCAUCUUGUUGGAUGCAUCCCCAAAGGAAAACAAUUUGAUACAUUUGAGAAUAGUUCAUACCAAGGAAAUGAUGGGUUACGUGGAUUGCCACUCUCAAAAGAUUGUGGUGGUGAUGAAGGGAUACCACAAACAACGAAUCCCAUUGAGCUAGAUGAAGAAGAAGAAGAAGAAGAAGAAGAAGAAGGAGAUUCAGAAAUUAUAAAUUGGCAGGCGGUUCUAAUGGGUUACGGUUGUGGACUUGUUAUUGGACUGUCCAUAAUAUACAUAAUGCUGUCAACUCAAUAUCCAGCAUGGUUUUCGAGGAUGGAUGUAGAAUUGGAACACAAAAUUCUUGAGAGAAUGAAAGGGCACAAGAAAAGAAAUUAGUAUAGUGUGUAACCUCGAGGAUUCAAGUCCAUUGCAUUGCUGGGAUGCGAAUAAAAGCUCUUACUUUCAUAGUAUGUGAUGUUU